UCAGAGAGGGGAGGGGAAGGGACAGACAGCCGUGGCCAGAUGGAGCUCUGUUUGUUUGGAAGCAGCUAACUGCUGCUGAGAGCAGGACACACUGUCAACUCUGGUGUGUAUCAACUGGGGGAGAAAAAGACACCCGAUUGGGGCAACUACGGGUCAACAAACUACUGCUGAGUCCCUGUGAAGACGGCUCCUCUGCCGUUAUGUAGCUGUGCAGCUCAGUGUGAAGGCACUCUCGGCAGCUUCAAGGUCGACAACCUCAGGGAGCUGUCCCCAUCUGACUCUCACACCCGCAGAACUUGAUGGAUUUCCUGUUCUAGCACUUCUAGUUCUCCGUAAACUUGCCUGACCGCUCUGAAGAGAGUAUGAGGCCUGGACUGCUGUGAUCAAACAGUUGUCCCAGCCUGAUUCUGUGACAGAAACCGAGGGAAUGGGCCCAGCUUCACUGCAGGAGGAGAGGUACCUGGGCAAAGAGUCAGAGGAGAUGGAGAGCUACCGCUGCCUUCUACAGGCCGGCUCCCAGCUGGAGAGCACCCUACAGCAGGUGACUGUCCCAUUGAGCCUGAAGGAAGUGGGAGGAUAUAUAGAGAAACAAGUUGCAUAUCUGUCAGGAGGGCGAGGGGAAGACUCCAGUGUCAUCAUCACCCUCCCAGAGUGCUCAGCGUUCAGUGACAUUCCAGAGGACGCUUUAGCCAAAGUCUUUACCUACCUUACCCUUAUCCCUCGAACCAGACAACCUGGAGUUAAAUUUAUCAUCAUUUUAGACCGAAGACUGGAUACAUGGGCCUCUAUCAAAGCCGCUCUUGCCAGGAUAGCAGCCUCCUUUCCUGGGAACCUCCACCUGGUCUUGGUGCUCCGACCCACCAGCUUCUUCCAUCGUACUGUAACAGAUAUUGGUUUCCGCUUCAGCCAGGAUGACUUCAUGCUCAAGAUGCCAGUGGUGAUGCUGAGUUCUGUCACAGACCUGCUGCGCUACAUUGAUGAAAACCAGCUAACAUCAGAGUUUGGAGGCACUUUGGACUACUGUCACAGUGACUGGAUUGUGUUACGGACGGCAAUUGAAAGUUUUGCUGUGACUGUAAAAGACAUUGCUCAAAUGCUACAAGGCUUUGGCACUGAACUGGCAGAGGCAGAGCUACCAGAUGAGGGGAAAGUUAUUGAGCAACUCCUUGAAACUCACACUGAAAAGUACAAGAAGCUCAAGGAUGCAAUAAGGUCAGUUUCAAAGGAGGGUCGCCAUCUUCUGUCCAACCUAGAAACAACUGGGAAGGAUGAUGACUCACAGUGGGAUGUGAAGCUGGACUGGGAGACAGUAGAGAGUUCCUCUUUUAGGCUUCUUGCACAGCUCAGAGACAUGGAGUCGGCCUUUGACGGCUUCUUCGAGAAGCAUCAUCUGAAACUCCAUCAGUACCUUCAGCUGCUCAGAUAUGAGCAAAGCUUUCAGGAGAUCGAAUUAUGUCUUGGGCGUCUGAUGCAUCAAGAGGGAGAACUAUCCAUAAAUAUGAGCACUCUGGCUCAAACAGAGCAGGCUCUCAAAAGGCUUGACAGCCUGGAGUCUAAUGGACAGGAAGUGAUGUCUCGAGCCCAGAUCAUCAUCCUUCACGGACACCAGCUAUCAGCAGGUCACCACUAUGCCAUGGCGCUCAUUAUGCAGCGCUGCAAUGAGCUUCGGCACCACUGUGACACUCUCUCUGCUGCUCUUAAGUCUAAGCACUAUUUUCUGAUGCAAACACACCAGCUAUUGCUUUGUCUCGGGCAGGCUCAGACUUGGUGUGAUGAUGGAGCAUAUUUGUUGGCAAACCAACUAGUAGACAAGUCCCAGUCCAAGGAGGGUGCUCAGGCAGCUUUAAGGGAAAUUGAAAAGUUCCUGGAGGAGGCGCCGUCUAUAUUGAGCUUAGGUCAUGAUGUUCUGGCUGUUGAGUAUGAGGCUGUCAUCACACCUCAGCUACAGACUCAAAUUGGGAAAGUGUUUGAAAAGCAUUUAGCAGUACAGCAGAUGAUCCAGAACCGACAAGCUUGUUUGAGGAAGCUGGCUGACAAACAUGUGCGACCAAUCCAGCUGGUGGCCCCCAGGCCUGAGAACCAACCUCGCACUAAAUCACCGCUCUUCUCCCCAAAGCACGGUGAUGGCCUGAAGUUCACAUUUGACAUUUCUCUUCCUGGGAAGAAAUCAUCCAGGAAAAGUCCAAACCCCAGAAAAAUAGAGGUGAUUCAUGACUACCAGGAGGGCCGGAGCUGUGUGUCAUACAGUCUGGAUGGAGACGACAGCCCAGAUUUCCUGAAGCGUCAUGUGAUGAGGGAACUUAUAGAGACUGAGAGAAUCUAUGUGGAGGAGCUGCUGUCGGUGCUGCUGGGUUACAGGGCUGAAAUGGACAGCCCAGCUCUGUCGAGGCUUGUGCCACCGAUACUACGCAGUAAGAGAGAUAUUCUCUUUGGAAACAUGCCUGAGAUCUACAACUUUCACAGCAGAGUUUUCCUUCAAGACCUCGAAGGAUGUCUGGAGGCUCCUGAAGCUCUCGGCGCUUGUUUUCUCCAGCGGAAAGAAAGUUUCCAGAUGUAUGAAAUGUACUGUCAGAAUAAGCCACGUUCUGAAGCACUUUGGAGACAAUUCUCAGAUUGUGCCUUUUUUCAAGAGUGUCAAAAGAAGCUGGAUCACAAACUGGGCCUGGAUUCCUACCUGCUGAAACCGGUCCAGCGCCUCACCAAAUACCAGCUGCUACUCAAGGAGCUGCUCAAGUACAGUCCAGAUUGUGAGGCCACCUCUGAGCUGAAGGGGGCGCUAACAGCCAUGCUGGAUCUGCUGAAAUCAGUCAACGACUCCAUGCAUCAGAUUGCCAUUACAGGAUAUGAGGGGGAAAUCUGUGAACUGGGCCGUGUGCUGAUGCAGGGCUCUUUUAGUGUGUGGAUUAGCCACAAAAGAGGUCCCACACGCAUGAAGGAGCUGGCUCGCUUCAAACCAAUGCAGAGACACUUCUUUCUGUAUGAGAGAGCUCUGCUUUUGUGUAAGCGUAGAGAGGAUCAUGGAGACGGUAGCGACAAGACGCCCUCCUACAGCUUCAAGCACUGUCUCAAGAUGACUGCUGUGGGGAUCACAGAGAAUGUCAAGGGGGAUGUAAAGAAGUUUGAGAUCUGGUAUAGUGGGAGGGAGGAGGUUUAUGUGGUUCAGGCUCCCACAGUGGAAGUAAAGAUGGCCUGGCUCAAUGAACUCCGUCGAAUUUUGACCAACCAACAGAAGCUGCUUAGAGAUGAAGCAUAUCAACAUGGCCCAGCGGCUGAGCACAUGCAGCUUUCUCCAUCACCCAAUGAGAGCUGCCUAUCCCCAAUCCUCCAAAUCCCACACCUGCAGGGGCAUGCGGCCAUCCAGAGGGGUCCCCAGGGGCUGUCUGCCGGGGCUGGACUUUGUCUCUCUGUCAGCUGGCGUGUUUGUGUGCCUGCGGUCCCGGAGCCCCCAUCCUCGGAGCCCCCGGCAACGGCCCCGGCCGCGCCUCAGCUGCUCUCAGCGCCGCUGACCUGGCGUAGCGCUCAUUGCAAACAGCAGAGGGCGUCAGUGAGCUCAGAGGACACUGAGUCAGGGAGGAGCAGUCCAGAGCCCCAGCCUCACUCUCCUAAGAACCAGCCCAACCGUCGCAGUUGGCCAGGAGCUCAUCAGUCAGUAGACAUCUGCGAGGGUCUAGAGGAGUGGUCUGAAGAUCAGGACGCCUUCCUCCCAUCUGAGAUAGAGGGGAAAAAAAUUGUCAAACUGUCCCCAGGCAAGUACAGAGCUAUGGCUGACUGUCCCCAAAACGGACCAGGUGGCAUCAUCAUCAAACGGGGAGACGUCAUCCAUCUACAAUGUGAAGACAACAGGGGGCGCUGGCUUGUGAAAAAUCUGAGUCAGCAACAGGAGGGCUUCAUAGCGGCUGCCAGCCUGCAGCUCAUUAUAGGAACCAGCAGCCAUGAGCACUCUCCCAGACUGGGAGAAACGGGGAACCUGAAGGUGAGAAAGAUGAGCUCCCCAUAGAGAAGAAAGAACAGAGGAUGAAUCUCAUGCUGGAUGAUGAGCAGAGAUGGAGCAGACUGAGUCAUAGCUGUCUCUCUAACCGAGCCUGCCAAUACCUCCUCUCCUCAAAGUGGCUGCUUUCUUCAGCACGUUAGCUCCUAAAAAGAAGAGUGGGAGUCAACUAAGCUGAUUUCCUCCCUUGGUUUUCUCUUAUGAUCUUCUGAACAGAUGUUUUCCGAUUGUAAAGCCAAUCUGAUUGUAGCCAUCACCUCAAAGCCACAGGAGCAGUUAAGGCCCUAUUGGACAAUCAACAGCUGACCUGGAUCAUGUUCUUCCUUCUUUUUUAUUGGCAAUAACUCUCUUGUUCUUCUAGCCCCUCGUCUGAAACAUAUGGAGUCAGCAUGUAUGUUUGGCGCUGCAGUAGUCCGUCAACUCACAAACUGGACUUAUUGUGUCCCAGCUAAUACUUGAGGUUACAUUAUUCCUAAGAGCUUGUCUUUCCGUUUCUUUUUGUUUUUGUUUGUUUUUUCAUAAGGAUGAAAACCAGGAUUUAAUCCUUUAACUAUUGUACAAAUUGUAUCCUUUUUAAAAUUUUAAUGAAUUUUAUUUUCAUUUCUGUGUAAAAUGUUCUGUUGUCCUCAUGUCACCACUCUUCUCUACAGUUAAGAGUUUAAUGCCAAAAUGUGCCAUGCCUUAUUGCCUUUUUAUUCCUGCUCAUUUAAAGUCUUUGCACUCUUUGCAAAAUCAUGUUCAAAUGUUCAAAAUGACCUCACAAAACUACAUCGGACACUUUAAAAAGGUGGCUCUGUUGUGUUUAAAGGCCAUUUAUCAUAAUUUUUGCUAUUUUCAUUUUUCUGUUGUGUUCAGGCUUGUAGCUCAAGAUAGUUAUAUUCUCUCAGAUCAUGAACGAUGAAAGAAAAGGAAUCACAAGACAACUGAGAAUGCAGCCAAAGGUUGCUGAAGAUUGAUAAUAUGUAUUAAUGCCAAAGUCAGCUGUACAUAGCACUACGGCUACCCAAAUAGAAAGUAAUUAUAGUAAAGUCUCAAGCUCGAAUGUAAGUUCAUAAAGUGAAGAUCUGUACAGUAAUUUAUCCAAUUUAAGUUGGAAGUAGGGGGAAAUGUUGUCUGAGAGUUUGUAGCUUGGAGAAUUACCAAACCAGCCCCCUACAGAGGGAUUUAAAAGCACUGAUUGUAAUUUGCCCCAGUGGGAAAUGACCGACUGUGGCAAAAACUGUUAUUCAAUAAAGAAAAAUUCUGGCAGCAGUCAGGUUGGAUAUUAAAAGUUCUGCUCCAGUUCUGACAAGCAUCGUUACUCUGAUGCAUACAGGUGUCGGCAAUUCCUUUUCUUCCAACAACUUUGUCACCAGACUACCUUUAAUCAGGCAGCCAUGCAAUGAUUGUGCAAGUCUCAAUUUUCUCUGCCCAAUCAGUCUCUGUGUUAUUCAUGGGUGUUUAACUGCACCAUGGUAAAAACUGUCACAUGCAGUUGGUUUCCCCACAACAACGUCAAUCUAACGCUACACAUAAAAGGAAAGUUAAAAUAUGGACAUGCAGUCGAACUGCCGCUGCAGUCAAAUACUCUCAUUCAUUUGGCUUAGACACUGAAAACAAAACACGUUGCAGAUACAGGUAGUUAUUGUGGCAUGCAGGAGGAUAAUUUUGAGACAACAGUUAUAGAUUUACUGGGGUCUGUGGACAUCAUAAGAUGUUUUUUACUGACAGAGAACACAAGAAGUAAACUUUAUGCUCUCAACGUCUCUGAUUACAUCGAUAGUCUAGCUGCUGACUCCCUGUUCAAACUAUCUGUUGAAGCCAUGGCAUGAAGUGUCCUCUUCCUCCAGCUAUUGUUUGCUCCUUCCUUUAAAUCCAAGAUUCCUGAUUGUUAAAUAAUCCCGAAGCACAAAAAGUUUGCACUAGACAGUGUUUGCUUUGUUCCGCUUGGAAAGAUCUCAUUCUUUUCACCAGUUUACUUCCACAGAUCUCCACCCACAUUUCCUGCACAGGUGAUCUUUUGUAGCAAAAAUACUUGCAUUACCAUUUGGCAUUCUUGUUAAAAAGGUUUGUCAUAAGAGAGAGAGAUUUCCAGACAUUUGGAUGGUGUGACUAAAAAUGUACUUUGUCUCAUAAAAGCGUGCUUAAUGUACUUAUCCCCUUUGAAACGUGAUGUAAAAACUGAUUGAUUUACUUUUUCAUACAUACAACAGCUGUAAAAUAUGAUGAUCUUUAGCCUUUAGCUACAAAUCCACCUAUUCUCUAUUGAAUGUGCUGUGUGUUUGCUGCUUUGCCUUUUUCACUGUGUCUUCCUCCUGUUCUUGCUGUAUUUCUUUGUUUAUCCCUGAAUGUAUGAAGUGUUGGAAAGGAGACAUUACCCCCCUGCGUGGAUGGCAGGAGUUGGCACUUGAAGGCUGAUAUUGUAAGACACGGAUAAACAUGAUGAUGGACAACAACGUAUUCCUUGGAGUGUAGCCGAGUGCAAAUUGCCAUCAUCUUCCUCAGGAUUUUCUAAAAGGUAACUGUCAUUCACGGCACAGACAAGAAGUAUGGAGGAGGGGUAAGAGAAAAUUAUGCUGCGUCUACUCAAUCAUCACAGAAGAAAAUUGAUUCCUCUUUCAGUAUUAUAGAUCAGUAACUCUUUCCUUCCCCAUUAAAAGGGGUCCCAUACAGCCAACAUGACAUAUAUAUUCAGUGUUCAACACUUAAUUAAAUAUUGAUUGCAGACUUUAUGAUUUCAAUUACCCUGGUGAAGACCACAAGCCAAAACGCGGUGGUCCGCUAAUAAAGUUGUUUUUGAGUGUUUCAAAUGUGGCUGGAGUCUUCACCUCAUCAAACUUACACGAUUCACCAUAUCAAACUGAGCUGGGGUGAUAGGCUGUUCUUUAAGUGGAAGUGAGUCCAGAAAGCAGCGAGGACUACUGCACACAACACACCAACUAAAAUGGUAAUUUCUUUCUUUACCUGUCAUCAGUUCUGCUUCAUGUUGUGAAGAAUCUGUUGAGUCCCGUAGGAGAUCACCUCUCCAUAUGUUCAAAGAAGCUAUGCAUAAGUAUUGAGGAACUUUUGUUGAAAGUGAUGCGACAAAAUCAAGAUGGCCUCCUUUCAUUUUCUUUUUUUAUCCAAAAUGCUGCACAAUUUGCACAAAUGUUAUAGAGGUCAGAAGAGUAGCUUGAAUCUUGCUGAGUCAUGUAACGUAUUCUUGUUGCUGAACAUUUGUUUUAUUUUUCUGAAAAUGCAUGGCAGUUGGACAAUGGUGAUAUAACAUUAUAUUUAAUAAAUUUAAUUUAAUUAAAUAGCUUUUGUUCUACAAGAAGUAAUCUAAUAGUAUUCACAUAUAUAUUGCAAUAACAGUUUUUAGGAUGGCUGAAAUAUACACAACGGAUGUAAACUAAUACGCCUGUACUCAGAAAAGAAAACAGAUGUAAAUAAUAAUUCUCCUGGAUAUUUUUACAUUUGCAGUUGGAAAAGGUCUGAAGCUUUGGUCUUGAAAGGUUUAGUUUUAGUCAACUGGUAUAACACUUAAAAAGCCACUCACCCACAGAUAACCCCUUUGUUAUACUUUAUUUGGAUAUAGUUGGCAGCUAUCGCUAUGAUUUAAUACUCAUGCUGUGUUUUUUAAUAUAUGGAGGACUAAUCCUGCCAUAAUUAAGAAUAUUUACAGAAAUAAAUAAAUGACUGUUGUUGCAUUUAAUGGUGCACUAAUGUACACUGCUCAAGAAAAUAAAGGGAACACUCAAAUAACA